AGAUUUAAGAAAGUGCACAAAGCAGUGUGUUAGUUAGUCUUGGCUGUCAAGAGAGAUGGAACGACUGAAUCCACGCAGCAUUCUGGUGACCGGGUCCAACCGGGGACUUGGCUUGGAGCUGGUCAGGCAGCUGGUGGGGAAGAGCAACCCCCCACAAUGGAUCUUUGCCACUUGCCGGGACCCAGCUGGACCCCGUGCCCAGGACCUGAAGAAUUUGGCUGCUGAACACCCACAAAUUGUGAUCCUCUCACUGGACACAUCUGAUCCAUCCAGUGUUAAGGCUGCUGCAGCCAGAGUUACAGAAUACCUGAAAGGGGCUGGAUUGAACCUGCUGAUUAAUAAUGCAGGGAUUGUAAAUAUGACCAGCUUGGAGACUGAAACUCCAGAGAGCAUGUCCGAGACCUACAAAAUCAAUGUGAUUGGGCCCAUGAUUGUUACCCAGGCGUUCCUACCCUUGCUGAGGAAAGCGUCUCAAGAAAGUUCCCAGAAAGGCAUGAGCUGCAGCAAAGCAGCCAUCAUCAACAUUUCCAGUGAAGCAGGCUCCAUCACAAAUGUCCUUGAAUGGCAGCGGGGCCACGUGAUUGCUUAUCGUUGUAGUAAGUCUGCUCUGAAUAUGCUCACUCGAUGCCAGUCCUUGCAUCUUGCCAAAGAUGAGAUCCUGUGCAUUGCAUUGCAUCCUGGAUGGGUGCAGACUGACAUGGGAAGUAAAAUGGGAACACCCCCACUGACAAUAGAGCAGAGUUUGCAAGCCAUCCUGCACACACUUGCCCGUCUCUCUGAGAAAAAUGAUGGCACGUUUGUCAACUGGGAAGGGAAUCUCGUUCCCUGGUAAGACAACCAAGGGUCUGCUUCUCUGCACUGCAGGACAACGUUCUCAUCAAAGGCAAUGCAGCUUUCUAUCUUCAGUGCUACAUAUAUCCUGUUCUGCUGCAAUGUGCUCCAACUCUCACUUGCUUCAGCUGCUCUAUAUGAUACCUAUAAAAUCUUGCUCAGCCAGGCUCUUUCAGGCUGCAGGUCUGUUUGGAUGCAGAAUGGUGCCAG